AUGGAUGCCUGUGUAUUAAUUCCGGAAGAGUUCGGUCUGGUCCUAACGCUGCAUCCGAAUCCAGAAAAUGUGCUGGAGAUGUUCGUCGAUAUUUGGAGUAAUAAUCACAUACCAUCAGGAACGACAUUCCGUCCGGAUCAGGGCAGCGUCCGACUCGACAAGUUAGAAAUCUACACCAAGCUCGAUUCCUGCGAUAUACGAUACAAAUUCGGCUGUUACGAUGAAAUUAUCGAUGUCGAGGAGACAUCCGUCCGUCAUUGUAACUGGAUCCGAUUCGUGAAAUCUUCGUCCAAAGUCGAUGACGUAAACUUUGUCGCUGUAAACAUCAAGGGUGAACCAGUGUUCCAGGCUAUCAAACACGUGGAACCUAAUGAUCCAAUCAUCGUCUUCUUUGAUGCAGAGAAGGAAGCUAAGAAACCGGAACCGGAAGUGAUGUCAAUGGAAAUACCGGAACAAGAAAAGUCACCUGAAAUCGCGCUUAAAGAUAACAGCAAGGAAUUGAUAUCCCCAUUGUCUCUGGAUGCUAGUGGAAUGUUUACAUCACCGAUAACAAGAGAAGAUGAUUGCCGGUCCAGCUUGAGUGACGUCAUGAGUGAACAGGAGAGCGAUAAAUCUGACCAGACAAAAAGCGAAUCAGACACAACCACGAAUAGCAGUCCGGAACAAGGAGCCCUGUUGACGUCACGGACCGGCAAGCGGAACCGCGAGAGGACAUGGUUACCGUGUGACGUCUGUGGCAAAAAGUUUGAUAGACCGUCACUACUGAAGCGACACAUGCGCGUGCAUACAGGCGAGAAGCCCCAUGCGUGCGACGUUUGUGGGAAGGCGUUCUCAACGUCGAGUUCUCUAAACACUCACAGGAGAAUUCACAGUGGUGAGAAACCACACCAGUGUAAGAUCUGUGGUAAACGCUUUACUGCCAGCUCCAAUCUAUAUUACCACCGGAUGACACACAAUAAGGAAAAGCCUCACAAGUGUACGUUAUGUUCUAAAUCUUUCCCGACCCCCGGGGAUCUCCGAAGUCAUAUGUACGUCCACAACGGUUCCUGGCCCUUCAAAUGUGAUAUCUGUAACAGGGGUUUCAGCAAACAAACCAAUCUGAAAAAUCACCAACUCCUUCACUCAGGAGACAAGCCACACGAGUGCUACCUGUGUGCAAAGAAGUUUGCCCUCCAGUGUAAUCUCAAGACUCACAUGAAAACCCAUGAAAACGACACACAUGAGGAAUGCGUACGAUGCGGCAAGGCCUUUCUGGGAUCAAACAUGUCUCCUACUCGGCAGUGCCUCGAAUGUGUAAGACUAGAAAAUGCCGAAAACAGCCGGAAAGUUCGAAAACCAUCUACCGAUUUCAGUAUAUCCCGAUUGACGCAGUCAACGCCUAAACGUUCAUUAGGUUCAGAUCCCAGAACACUUUCACAAGAUUUUCCGAGAGAACCACUGGGAAGCCCACCCUUUGAAAGAUCACCACCAUUCUAUUCCCCUAAACUUAUGUCAUUUCCGGUGUCUGCGCACGCAGCCCUGUCGCCUAUAUCCCCCCAAAACGUUAUGAUGUCACCUCGCCAUCGUGGAUUCUCUCCAAUAGUCGUCCGCCAGUCCAGCAUGCUAAGUCCGUCCAAUGAACAAGUGAGCAUGUUUGGUAUCCAUAGUGACCAGAGACCAAGUUACGGAAGUGAUGUUUUACCUCAUAGACCGUUCUGGACCGGAAGUCUAACCCAUGGGUAUUAA